CGAGAAACAGGCUGCCAUGCUGCGCACCCGGCUCACCGAGGCGCAGUCGCUCCUAAAAUUACGCCCCUGCUGCGGCGAGGGGCCAUGCUACCGCCGCCGCCACCUGCGGUUGCUCGACAAGGUGCCGGGCGACCUGGCGCGCCGCCUCGUCACCGAACUCGCGGGGUGCGAGCGAGGGCUCGGCCGCGAGGAGCUGAUUACGGUGACGCUCAAGACGGCUGCUCGCGGACGUAUCGGGCUCGCGCGGCAGUCCCUCCGCGAGAUGGACGUGCGCGGGGUGCGGCCGUCUAUCACCGCGCACAAUGCAGUGCUCGACGCCCUCGCGCGCCGCCACCGCUGGUCCGAGUGCCUCUCGCUUCUGACGAUGAUGAAGCAAAAGGGGCCGGCGCCGGACGAGCAGUCGUACGCCGCCGCGAUGCGCGCCUCCGCCGCCGCGCCGCUCGGGGCGCAGCUCGCGCGCCAGCUGCUGCCCGAACUCGACUCGCUCGGCGCCGCCAAACACCCGGAGCUCUCGCCGGCGCGCCUCGCCAUGCCGGCGCGUCUCGCGCACGCGCCUGGCGGGGGCGGCGGCGGCGGCGGCGGCGGAGGAGGCGGAGGAGGCGGAGGCGGAGGCGGAGGAGGCCGAGGCGGAGGCCCCGUGGGACGCUCGGGCCAUGCGCGCGCUCUGUCCCGCGCCGACGGCUCUGCUCUCACCGGUUCUGCUCUCACCGCGGCGGUUUCUGCGGCGAGCGGGGAGCCGGGGGGCGGACUCGCGCUGCUGGAGGCGGCGCUCGAGGAGACAGGGCUGCCUGCGCGCGGUGGCAUCUUCGUCGGCGCGCUGCGCGGCUGCGCGGCCCAGCCGGGCCGUUGGGAGGAGGCGCUGGCCGUGUGCGGCCACCUUGAGAAGUGGAUUGAGCAGGACGCGCGACGGGCGAGUCAGCCCCUCGUGGUGAGGGCCCUCACCGCGGCGAUCGCUGCUUGCGAUAAGUCGGCGCAGACGGCGCACGCCAUCGGGCUGCUCGACCGCUUCCGCGCGCUCGGCGUGCCUCCCUCGACCGAGCCUUUCUCCGCAGCCAUCUGCGCGUGCCGGCACGGCGGGGAGGGCGGCGCGGCGACCGCGAGCGGGCUGCUCGCGACGAUGCGCCGCCUGCGGGUGGCUCGGUCGGCGUGGACCUUCAACGCGCUGGUCGAGGUCUACUCUGCCGCGGGCGGGCGGGGCCGCGACGCCAUGGCGCUGCUGGAGACCAUGGCGGCGGAGGGCAUCGAGCCGGACGAGGUGACCUACACCUCCGUCCUCAAGGCGUGUCGCCCGACUCGCGCGGAGGCGGCUAGCCUCUUCGAGAUUGCGCGCGCGGCGGCGAACCAGCGGGCGGCGGCCACGGCGCGGGCGGCGGAGGCGGAGGGGGCGGAGGGGGGUGUGGUGAGAUGCGGGGCGGAGGGCGCGGCGGAAGAGGGGCCGCGGGGCGAGGCGGCGGUGGGCGGGGCGGCGGAUGGAGGGGCGGCGGAGGGCGGGUCAGCGCCGUGGGACGCCGCGAUCCGGUUGCUGGACGAGAUGGAGCUGCGCGGGCUGCCUGCCUCGGUGCGGGCGCACAACGCGGCGAUCGAGCUGCGCGCGGCCGCGUGCGACGCCGCCGGCGCCCGCUGGCUGCUCGAGCGCAUGGAGCGGCGCGGGCUGCAACCGGACGGCUACUCGUACACGUCAGCGAUGAAGGCGUGCGGGCGCGCAGCGGACGCGGCGGCGGCGGCGGAGCUGCUCGAGCGGGCCGAGCUGAUCCCGCGCCGCCGAGGCGGGCAGCGCCAGUGGCUCGAGCGCGUCUACUCGGGCGCGGCGCUCUGCUUCGCCGCGCAGCCUGUUGGCCAGGCGCCCCUCGCGGACGCCCUCUCGCUGCUCGACCGGAUGCGGCGGAGCGGAGUGCGGCCGACGGCGCACACCUACUCCGCCCUGCUCCGCGCCUGCUCGCGGCACGGCGGCGGGCGCGAGGCCAGCGCGCUGCUGUGCGACAUGCGCCGCCUCGGAUUUGCUCCGCCCGCGGAGCAGCGGCAGUUCGCGCUCCGCGCCUCGCACCAGGGUGUCCUCGCCGUCCUCGAAACGCAUGUGGUGGGCGGCGCGGCGCGAGAGGCGAGAGGAUGACGAGUGGGCGAUAUUUACCGCGAAUACAUGUACAUG